AUGGUUAAAGCUUCGACGUUCGCCGAAAAUUUAGAGGAGGAGUUGGAAUGCGCUGUGUGCUUGGAGCAAUUCAAAGAUCCGAAAGUUCUUCCUUGUCUUCAUUCCUUCUGUAAAAUCUGUCUGGAAGGACUGGUCGGAAGAAAAGGGAAAGGAAACGCUGGGAAGUUAAACUGUACUACUUGUCGGAUUACCGUAGAGGAACAUGAUGGAGAGUUGCUGAAGCUGUUUUGUGAGACAUGCGAUGAGGCUAUCUGUAGAGACUGCGCCAUUGUGAAACAUCGUGAUCACCAGUACACUUUCGUAAAAGAUGCUUUUGCAAAGAAUAAGACAGGUGUGGUGGAGAUUCUUUCAAGGACGAAGAGACAAGCAGGGUUGCUGAAGAAGGGAAUAGAUGGUGUAUUACAGAUGAGAAGAAGUGUUGCUUUGAAUGCAGAACAGACUGUUCAAGAAGUCCACAACUGUUUUCAGAAAUUGUCAGCUUGUCUGAAUGCUCGUUGUGAGGAAUUGAUUCGUGAUGUUGAAGAACUAAAAAAAAUGAAAGAGAAAACUUUGGAAAUUCAACAAGGAGAAUUGGAAGCUGCUUUAGGAAGUGUGCAGAGCAGUGCAGAAUUCACAGAGAAGGCUUUGGAGAAUGGCAGUGAAGUUGAGAUUUUGAACAUGUGCAAGCUAAUGUCAAGCCGGUUAGAUGAACUAAAUUCUUCAAAGUGGCAGCUGGAACCACAUGUGCUUGAUGUAUUUAAGUUUCUCACUGAGGAUCAACUGCUGGAGAAGAUCACUAACUUUGGUCGUGUUGCUGAUCAUAUAAGAGCGUAUGCAAAGUGGGAUGGAAGGAAACGAGAAGAAGGUAGUGAUGCUUGUGAGGUAGAAUUUCACACCCAAUCGGGUGAAACUGCAUUUGGUAACUCUGUCAAAGAUAUUGGCAAUGGAACAUACAGCUUCUAUUUUACUCCAACAUCAAAUGAUUACCAAAUGUCAGUGAAACUGAAUGCCAACUACGUGAAAGAUAAUCCCUUUAAAUUGCUUGGUAAAAAUUGGAAACUCUGCUUAGCAAGUAAUAUCAGUAAACAUAAGGAUCAAUAUACUUCCAUUAACCUGAACGAUGACUCAAUGACGGAAAUUUUCAAUAGAAGAGUCCCAAAUUACAUGUAUGGAGCAACGACUUACAACACCACAACUCCUGCUCAAUUCCCUUUAACAGUGUUUGGGACUUCCCAAUCUCAGUUUGAACUGAAAAAAGCCAAACAGAAGUCACUAGAAGUCCAGCAAGAAGAUUUGGAAUCAGCCCUGUGCAGUGUGCAAAGCAGUGUGGAAUUCACAGAGAAAGCUUUGGAAAAUGGCAGUGAAGUGGAGAUUUUGAACAUGCGCAAAAAAAUGUCCAGCCGAUUAGAGGAACUGAAUUCAGCAAUAUGGCAACUGGAGCCAUGUGCUCAUGAUGUCUUUAGGUUUCAUGCUGAUGACCAACUUUAUCAAGUGUUAGCCAGCUAUGGAACCAUCACAGAUAUCUGUACAGAUGCUGGUACAUCAACAGUCACUAUGGGGCAUGGUUUAGAGGGUUUGAUGUAUAAUACAAUCAUCAGGCAACCAGUUGAAUUCACAGUUACUGCCAAACAGAAGAAUGGAAUGAAUUGUCAAAAAGGUGGUGACCAGUGUGAAGUUAAAAUUUGUGCAGGAAAAGGCAAAAAUCAAUUUAGUGAUGUGGCUCAGUUUUCAGCCAAAGAUGUUGGCAAUGGAACUUAUAACUUCAGUUUUACUCCAAACCAAGUUGAUAUGAAGUACAGGUUGUCAGUGAAAUUGAAUGGUUUUCAUGUGAAAGGGAGUUCUUGUACGUGGCAUAGUGAAAGCUGGCAACUCUGCCCAGAUAAGAAUGACAUGUGGGGAACUUAUCCCCUCAUUCAGAUAGACAAAGAUUCAAGAGUGGCAACCUAUGUGGCAUUUGAGAAAUAUGAUCACGAGGAUUAUUGUGAAGAACCAGAAUAUAUUCAAAAUUAAGAGUGGAGUCGAGA